CCCCGUCAAGGCCGCUGCGUGGUUUGAGCAAUCACGCGCUAUUUAAACUUGUCACUUAAUCCUUCGAUCUUAAACAGACAACAUGUCAGCCGCAGUCGCCUUUUUCUUUGGGUACCUAUUCACACAGUGUGUGUGUGGUGCACACGACGAGUCGCACGAGCACGGGGAGAACACGGAGAAGAUUGCCGAGGUCGCUAAGAAGUAUUUGGGUUUGAAGAAAUUCGCCAGCUGCGAGGAGUUCGUCUUCAACAUCCUCAAAAUGGCCGGAGCCAAGGUCAAAAUGCCAUUCUCUGCUAAAAGCUGGGGGACCCUCGACCAGUGGGGGGAGGACCUGUGCUGGAAAAACAGACAAGGUGGAGACGACGUCGCGAUCCAUGUUGGUGACGUCGUCAGUAACAAACACCGAGUGGGAAUCGUCACGAGUCUCAAUCCCGGCCGAACAGCCACGGUCGUCCUCGACCAAGUUAUGGAAACUUCGCUAGGCUUCCGAAAAAACGAAGAGUUCGUCGUGUGGUGUUACAUCUGCGAUCUGCACGAAUAAAAGUCUCCAUCUCA